AUGGAGUCUACAGGCGGAAUCUCUGCCACCAUGCUGCAGUGCGCCCAGCAGACCUGCGCCCUAGGGCUGCGGGUGCAAGCGGCAGCGCCCUGCAGAUCGCAGCCGCUGACCUCCCAGCCAGCGCCGUGCUGCCGCCAGCCGCCGCUGCGCCGGCGGGGCCCCGUGCUGGCGGUGGGCUUCUUCCGCCGGGGCGACAGCAACAACACCGCUGCCAACAGCACCAGCAGCAGGGACACGCAGGACACGCUGGUGUCUGAUGGCGCCAUCAAGAGCCUCAGCCCCGAGGCCCGCCGCAUCUUUCGGGAGGCCCAGGACAACAUCAUCGAGCUGAACAAGAGCCGGUUGCGGGCGCUAGAGGAGCUCAAGGGCGCGCGGCUGCGGAUUGCAGAGCUGGAGGGCAAGCUUGAGCAGGCGGUGGCGGAGGCCAGCCAGGCGACCGCGCAGCUGCAGCAGCUGGGGCCCGGCGGCACGCAGGCGGCGGCCGCGGCGGCCGCCGCGGCGGCAGGCGCUUUGCCGGAGGUUUCCUACAACUUCAGCACCGCGCAGGCGCCGCAGGUGGCGCAGCAACCGCCGCCCACGACGACGCCGGCUCCCACCAGCGACACCAUCACCGUUGUGUAUGAGACGGGCUGGGGCGCGGCCUAUGUGCACCACAACGUCGACGGCGCGGGCUGGACCACCGUGCCCGGCACCCAGAUGCAGAAUGGCACCCAACAGUUCCCAGACAAGAAAGUGCUGACAGUGCAAGGGCGGCGCAUGGAGUUUGUGAUCAACAACGGCGGCAGCGACUGGGACAAGCCCAACCCGUACGGCUCCUCGGGCUCCUCCAAUUAUGUCAUCACCGAGCCCGGCACGUACCGCAUAAAAAACGGCAAGGUCGGCCGCCUCGCAUGA